AUGUCCGGUAAACCAGAUUUAAUUCAUAGAUGGAAUCAUACAUAUUCCAUACUGUCAAUUUGCUCAUUUCCGAAAAAGAAGUUGCUCUUUGCUGGUACACAGGACUCUAAGAUAUUGGUAUUUGACUUGCCUGGCUACUCUUUGAUUGAUACUAUUACGAUAGGCGAACCGAACGAAGCUAUCAAUACAAGAUCAAGUGUACUAUGUCUGGAUAAAUCAAUUGAUGAAAAAUAUCUCUUCUCUGCAGGAACCGAUUCAUUAAUAAGAAUAUGGUCCAUCAAUUAUGAUGUUGGACACUUGAGAAUAAAUGAAAUAGCCACUGUUUAUUCUGUAACAGAUAUCGGUGAUAUAUUCUCGAUAUCGUACUUAGAUUCAAUACAAACGCUUGUGUUUGGUUGCCUAAAUGCAAGUUUAUUAUAUUUGGAUAAUAUAUUACAGAAACUAGAAACAUACAGUAACAAUUUUGAAUGUCAUAUGAACAGGCUGCCACAUCGCCGCUAUGAUAAGUUUUUUGAUUCCUUUGGCCCCACUGGUUGUGCCACUCCAUCAUCACAAGAAUCAUUGGACACAUUAGCAAAUAAAAAAGAAAACAUAAUGAUAUUGGAAAUUCCUUCAGAAAAUAUUGUGAAGUAUGCCCACAAUGGAUUUAUCUAUUCGAUCUGUAAAAUUCCAAACACCUUCAAAGGUAUUUUCAACGAAGAUUGCUCUGAACGAAUAAUUUCUGGAGGAGGAGAUGGGGUCAGUAAAAUAUGGUCGUUUACUAAAAAUAAUGAAACUGGAUCAGUGAGUAUUUCAUCUGAUUUUGAAGAAUUAGACAAUGAGGAAAGUGUACUAUCUCAAAGCGUAGAGUUCCCAUUUCUUUAUUGUGGUCUGAGCGAUGGUGCCGUCAACAUAUGGGAUCUAAGCACACAACAAUUAGUAACAACACUUCAUACUCCUGAUAAACAUGAUAUCAUAGCUCUAUCUGUGUACAAAGAUCAUAUCUUUGCGAUUAAUGCAUCGGGUGUGACUCUAUUUCAUCAAGAUUUGGUCAAUCACUGGAAUCCAAAUCAAGGAAAAAUGCUGAGUUGCGAAGUACUAGAAAGGAUAUCAGAAAGUGGUGAUAGAAUCUUUAGCUUAUUAACAGGUGGUAACGAUGGUUCUUUGACUUUAUGGGACAUUCAGAAUAGUUUGAAAACGGAAUCCCUUCAGAAAAGGCAAUCAGUUUCUUGGACGACAUAUAAGAAGGCACCAACACUAGAUUUUGAAGAUAUGAUGAGUUCAAUGAAAAAACUGAUAAGUUUCGUAACUGUUUCACAAAGUUCUGAGACAUCGCAUAAAUUAGCAUUGAGACGUUGCGCUACUUUUCUGCAGCAGCUUUUCCUAAAACUAGGUGCUUCAGCCUCACAACUACUGCCCGUAGCAGGUGGGCAUAAUCCUGUUAUCUUUGCUGUUUUCAAAGGUACCGGUAGUGCUUCGCAUAAGAAAAGUAUUCUCUGGUAUGGCCAUUAUGAUGUUAUAUCCGCUGGUGAAAGGGACAGGUGGAACACUGAUCCAUUUGUCCUAACGAACGAAAACGGUUACAUGAAGGGACGUGGGGUAACUGACAAUAAGGGACCCUUGAUCUCUGCUAUAUAUAGUGUAGCAAUGCUGCAACAGGAAGGGAAUUUGUAUAAUGAUGUGACCUUUUUGAUCGAAGGUGAUGAAGAAAUAGGGUCCCCUGGCCUUAGUAAUGUCUGUGAACAAUUUAAAAGUUUGAUAGGGGAUAAUAUGGACUGGAUUUUAUUGAGCAAUUCGACUUGGGUAGAUAGAGAGCAUCCAUGUCUAAAUUAUGGCCUAAGAGGUGUCAUCAACGCUGAAAUAAAUGUUUUCUCUGACGAAAAAGAUCUUCAUUCAGGUGUGAAUGGCGGUAUUUCCAGAGAACCAACUUUUGAACUUGUCAACAUAAUCUCAAAAUUGCAAGAUGAAAAAGGACAAAUAAAAAUUCCAAAUUUUUACUCUGAACUUAAAGAACUAAGUGAAGAGGAGCUGAAUCGCUUCAAGAUUGUUACUGAAGUCGCCAACAUCGAAAAACAUAGGACGGUAGAAGAAUUGACUGCUAAUUGGGCAAGACCAUCUCUUUCGAUAACUACGUUAAGAAAUAGUGGGCCAGGGAAUAUAACAGUUAUCCCAAGAAGCUCAUCGAUGGGUAUUUCCAUAAGGUUAGUGCCCGGGCAAAGUGUGGAACGAGUUAAGAAAGACCUUUUUGACUAUGUGAAUGAUUGCUUUGCAAAACUGUCUUCUAAAAAUCAUUUAUCUAUAAAAAUUCUAAAUGAUGCUGAGCCUUGGCUUGGGGACCCAACGAAUCACGCAUACCAAGUGGUACGAGAAGAAUUAGUUGCCGCUUGGGAGACUGAACCUCUAUUUGUUAGAGAAGGUGGGUCCAUCCCAUGUAUUAGAGCACUGGAAAGAAUUUUUAAUGCAAAAGCUAUUCAGAUCCCCUGCGGGCAAUCAACUGAUAAUGCACACUUGGAUAACGAAAACUUGAGCAUAAAAAACUGGACAAAAUUAGCCCAGAUUCUUUCAAAUGUUUUUAAUAGGUUGUAA